AUGGCUAUACGGCUCACACUUAAAAAUGGAAGGAACUCUGAGGUUCCAAAAGGGGAAAAUGUCCAAAACGGCAAGCGACAUCGAAGCCAGGACCGGCAUUCUGCAGAACUUCCAUUUCCGUUAGCCUACUUCACGAGAAUGAAGUUGAGUGUAUGUGCCGAUGUCCCGCUACAGAUUCCUUUUCUCGAUCCGAAAAACUUCAUCCUCGAAUCACCUUCGCGUUCAACGCUUCUUCAAUCAAGAACAACCAGCGACCCGUCUGCACCGCCGAGUGAACCACCUUUCCAAUACAUCAGGAUGGCAAACGACAAGGAGGGAAACGCGAAGCACGCAAGAAAAAAGCCUCCACAGAAUCCUCCCUCAGCCACUCCGCAGCUCAUGAAUGGUGUCCAAGACAGUCAAGCCGUUGCUCAACAGAAUGCAGACACUACUUCAACAUCCACACCAAGCGGUUCCGAGAAUGCGUCGAAGCUGAUCGAGCAAGCAAUUCAAACCUUGACUCGCGCCACAAUCAUAUCUGAUGACACGGACAAUUACCUCAGGAAGAAGGUCAAAGACUUGGAAGUUGCGCUCAUCAACGCAGCCAAGGAGAGGGACGAAGCCAUCAAAGAAGCAGUGGAGAUUCGCGCGACGCAAGGUUACCACGACGCGGAGUUGACCAAGGCGAAGGAUAAUCACAAGGAGCAUGUCCAGAAGGUGAAGGCGGGGCACCAAAAAGAGAUUGAGGAGUUGAAGACCACAUUCGAGAAGGAGAAGGUGGAAUACCAAAAGAAGAUUGAUGAGCCGACGAAGCUUCGACAGGAAAGAGAGAAGCUGACCGUUGAGAACAAGAGUCUGAAGAAGAAUCUUGCCGCCAUGCAAGUCACCAACAAGACGUUGAGUGAGGAGACCGAGAAGCUGCGCAAGGAAAGAGAUCUGUUGGACAAGUUAUGCAAAUACUUGAAGAAGACAUUAUGCAAGACCGAGGCUGAGAAUGGAGAGAGGGGAGACCUUCUUAAGAAGGUAUGCGAACGUCUGAGUUUGGAGAUGACGAUUCUACAAGAAAAUUUCUUAGCUCUGAUACCCCAGUACAAAGAAGAGCAGGAGAAGGAGCCCAGCUAUUAUCACGAAGUCAUCAGCUUAUAUGAAGAGGAGACGGCCAGACUGUACAAGCAGGUCAGUGACUUGGAGAAAGACCAGGAUGUCAAAGCACCAUUGGUUGAAGUCGGUGUCAAGAUUCGGAACAGGUACCGGGUCCAAGAGGCCAGAACUGGACGUAGAGACGAAGACGACCAGCUGGCCGUAGAUGAGGGCAACCAAGCUGCUCAUGGCCAGAAUGGACCUGCCGAUAAGGCUGUAUUCGAUUUAGGUCGUUGGACUGAGAAACAAUAUGGUACGACGCUGAAGAAUGUCUAUAGGUCGAAACUUGAUGGCUAUGAUGAAGCUAUGAAGAAAUACAACCAGGUACUCAAGUACUGGAGCUGGCUGAACUGUAGUCAACCAACUGCAUGCACCUUCACCCACUAUUACCGAGCAAACUUGCUGAUGGAAACUAUGCUCCUCGUCAUUGGAUCAGAGGAUGGGCAUGAUCCAGACGGUGAUAGCAAUCUUCGUGAGAAAUUCGAUUUCUUCUACGAUCGCCUCGAAAGGUUGUUGGAAGAGAUCAUGCGUAUCAACGAGCUUGGCGAACUCAAAGUCGACAUCUUCAACAGCCUCCAGAUGCAAGCACUUGGAUCUUCAACUACAUUCCAUUGGUCUUACAUGCACGACAAGGCGAGCCCUACAGGUUUCAGUUACAUGAGCGUCAGAUAUCCCGAUAUAAUGAAGGAGGGAUGGUUCGAGUUAGGCAGAUAUGCCCAAACAGUAUGGAGUGUUACUUACCACGACCCUGCCGAUGGCAAGAAGCCAGUCGAGAAAAAGAGACGAAAGAAAUUGGCGCGAAAAACUUAUGCUUCGGUGGCUGCCUCGCAAGAUUUCGACGAUAUACAGGAUCCAUACCGUCCAUAUGUGGAAGUCUUAUACGAGGAAACUGAAGAACAGGUUGGGGAAGUAUUUGAUGAAACAGGUGUAUGGGAGGCUGUAGGGCAGGUUGAGGAAGGAUUUAUAGGUGCUUGCCAGGAACUUGACGCAAGUACUGCAAAUCACUUCAAUGGUCUUUGAAUGGGAGUGUAAUAGUGAUGUGAUGCAGUUGGCGGAGAUGUAGAGACGUCUAGCCACUAACAUCAAAGCUUGCAGUGAAGACUUACUUGCUUUGCAAAAUGUUCUUGCAUUCCCACUUCUGUCGACUUCUCCUUCCUUCCUUAAAAAAUCAUAGCAGGGUAGUGGAACUAAAGAU